AUGAAGAUAGUUGUCGAAACUUUGAAGGGAACUUGCUUCGAGAUCGACGUUGAACUGGAUGAUUCGGUUACUAACGUGAAGAAGAAGAUAGAGAAUGUGGUAGGAGCUAGUACAUAUCCUGUUUCACAACAAAUACUUACACAUAAAGGGAAAGUGCUAAGAGAUGAAACAACAAUGGAGGCGAACAAAGUUUUCGAGAAAAGUGUUAUUGCCAUUAUGAUGACCGAGCCAUCUUCUCUUGAAGACGACCAGGGUGAAGAUCCAUACAAUGAUCCAUUCGAUGGGUUCGGGCAGUUUAUGGAAGAAGACUUCUCAAAUUUCAUGGCAGACCCUAAUCCUAAUUUGAUGGACAUGUCAUUUCUCGAAAACUCGCUUCCUCCGGUCUUUUCUACAUUACCUAUAGUUGAUGUUGACGAAACAAAGUUGGAGCACGAACAUGAACUUUCAAUCGCUGAUUAUGACACUGCCAACAACGACUUUUCUUUUGCGGAAGGUGGAUAUACCAUAUCUUGGGACAUGUUCGAACCGUCAAAUGGUGAUCAUCUUAACGAUAACAUCAUAGGAGAGAUUGGUAAUAACAAUGUUGGUGAAAUUACAAGACCUGAAGAGAGCACACGAGUUUUCGAUGAUGCCAAUGGUCCAGACUUUGAAAAUGGUGGUACAUCAACAAUGCAUGUCCUAGGACCGACAAUUUCUGAUGAAAUGCUCGUAUGCACUUGUUGCAAAAUGCUUCGAGAAUUAGUCCAUUUCAAGGAGGGUGAAAUGAACACACUGGAAAUUUUUGGAGAGAUUGGUUUCUUCUGCCAUGCGAUUUCCAUGACUCAACGGUUUGAUUCUGAUUCUACGGAACGUCAAUCUCAAACAUUUCAUCUGAAGGAUUUAACGAUGGAGGAAGUAAAGAGAUUUAUAGAAGAUUAUUGUUCUCAGAGAGUAGCAAAUGGUUUAUCACUUGUGCAAGACACUAAUGCUGCUUUCUAUCAAGCAAUGAGUGCUAACUCCAUCUUUAACCAGUUGCCACCUAUGUUGACAUUACCAUCAUACACUGAUGUCCCAGUGUCAAUGGUUUGGUCUGAUGAAGCUCUAGAUGUUACACCCGUGCCACUACAUGCUGUACCGAGAGAAGAACCCACCACCAGUGGCGUGCGGAAAGAAAGGAAAAGGCGUAAAACACCUCUCGCAACACAGAGAGAAAGGACUAAAAAACUGACAUUGAAGGAUAUUACAAUGCUUUUUCAUCUCCCUAUUGAAACAGCGGCGAAGCAGAUGAAUAUUUGUCCGACAGUCUUAAAAAAGAUUUGUCGGAAAGGAAGUCUAAUGCGGUGGCCUCACCGUAAGAUAAAAAGCCUCCAGACGAAAAUAAUGUCACUGAAGAAGUUACACACAGCAGCAAAAGAUGAUGAAGUGAAUGUGGAGAUUGAGCGACUUCAGAGACGAAUCGAUAAGAUUUGUAGCGAUGCACUCAAAAAUAUGAAAUGA